AUGUUCGGAAAAUUCUUGCUAUUUUCCGCUUUGCUUCCGAUUAUUUGGGCCGGUUCAAAUUCGAAUUCGUUGGCCUCCAAACACGAGCGAAAAUUCGCCGCCGCGUUCAUGGAACUUUUUGAGGCUCAAGGUUAUGAUGGUGUGAAAAAUGUGUAUUUUUCAGAAGAUUUCGAGAGACUUACAAGUAGUAAACGUGUGUGGAAUAGAAGUAGGUCGAAAUUUUCCCCGUGGAAUUUCAUUUUUGGCUCUAAAAAUCAAUAUUUACAGCUCGAUACGUCGGACACUUGAAGAGCAGAUUUAAAACUAAACUUCCGACAUUUUUCGCCGAAAAAAAUCGGAAAGCCUAUUUUGAGACUGGAAAAAAUGGCGGGGAAAAAUAUUUGAUAGUCGAAGUGACUCCGGAAAUUGGGCAAAAGAAAACUUUGCAAUUGCGAAGAAAUCGAGCGGUUUUUGGAGGAUAUCAGAUUCGCCGCAUUAUUUUUGGUGCCUAA